GCUUACUGGCACCUCCAACAACAUCCGCAUGGUGAUGUUUAUUGUCUUGUCGAUGCGCUGCUAAAUCGGACAAAUAUUUUGUCUUUUUAGACUGCGCCGCAGCCUCAUGUUGGAAAUUUAGAGAGAAGUCGCAUCACGGGUGUUCAUUAUACUUCUCUCCCCAUUUUUUUGCUUUAAUUUAGCCCGUGGGCUUUUAAGCUUUUAGACCAUUGCUAUUGUGGCAGGGAUCUUUCUCCUUUCCCUGCUGCCGCCGCCAAAACUUGGUCAACUUGGAACAUUUCGUCCCAGUUGCCCAUCACAACAAAAUCUGCCUCUACUUACCCCCUGGGCCAAUCCGCGUCUUGUCAGGGUGAGGCGCCGACCUGCAACACGUCCACCGAUCCGUGCUUUUGCAGUGACGGUGUAUAAUCGGACACUGUCUAGACCCGCGCGACUCGUUAUAUAUAGUCCCUUCAUAUCUACGCGUCAACUUCAUCUAAUUCAACUGUUCAGUUAGAACCAUGUCGCUCCCAGAGCGACCGGGGGCGGCGAGUCCGUCUUAUGAUCAUCGAACAUCCUAUCGACAGUCGCUAUCGAGACGUAACCGCCCUACCGAUAUCGAGACUGGCGCCGGUGGAUAUCACUCCGUUCCUGGAAGAAGGCAGUCUGCUCACCAGCGUGCGCCGUCGGGCAAUUCAUUCGCUGAAACCAUUCGCAAUCAUCAUGGAACUACAGAUAAAUCGCCUCUUUCCCCGACUGUGCCGGAGGACUCCCCUGCUGGUAUACCCACACGGAAAAGAAGUUUAAUAAGACCUGAAAGGAACAGGAUCGAUAAAGAUCACCCGAAUUAUUAUUAUAGGCAACAUGCCGCUAAUAUGGAGACGCUCCCUUCUUCCACGGGCAACGAUCCAGUCUUUGAAGAUAUAGAAGGAAGGACUGAUCUUUCUGCGGAUCGGACUAUCGACGCUACUUCAGAUAGUUCACCACCUCGACGACAACAUAGUGGGGACAGCGAAAAGCACAAACCUCGAGUGUCAACAAGGAAACAUUCGGGAGGCCCGAAAAUCUCCAAAGCCUCUAGGAAUUCUAAGCACCGAAAACCACAAGAAACAAUCAGCCCCCCUAGUGUGUGGAACGUGUACUGCGCUAUUAUCACGUUCUGGUCUCCUGACUUCAUUUUGGACUGCUGUGGUUUUCGAUCCAAGGCGCAGAGGAGAGCUUGGAGGGAAAAGAUGGGGCUUAUCAGCAUCAUUCUGUAUAUUAUGGCUUUUGUUGGUUUCUUGACGUUCGGUUUCCAACAGACUGUCUGCGCUUCACCUGGUGUUCGUCUCCAUGUCAACGAUGUCUCCAACGGUUACAUGAUAUUCCACGGUGUGGCCUACGAUCUAACGAAAUCCGGUCACCCUCCAGCUUUGGGUAUCCCGCGUCGCCAGGACGGAUCCCUUCCCAAUGUUCUUUACGAUCUGCCCACUAAAUAUGGUGGUAUGGAUGGCAGCUUUCUUUUCCAGAAUGUCAACGGAAAAUGCAAGGGCCUUAUCACAUUAGCCGAUGGUUCGGACGUUCCUCACGAUGCCGGCGAUUCGGAACAGCUCGCCUGGUAUUUCCCGUGCACAGCAUUUAACCAGGACGGCUCAUCGAAACCGAAUUUCACAUGGCCGUAUCACCAACUUGGUUACGCCUGUCACACCACCCAGAAAGCCAGAGACAUCUUCUACCUUGAUCUUGCUGGUACUGGCGACGUUUUCUACACUUGGGAUGACAUCAAGAACAGUUCACGCAAUUUGGUCGUAUACUCUGGAAAUGUCCUCGAUCUUGAUCUUCUCAAUUGGUUCAAUGAAACCGAAGUAAAAAUCCCAGACCGCUUCAAGGAGCUUAGAGACAAGAACUCUGUCUCUAACCAGGCAAUCCGUGGCCGCGAUAUAACACGCGCGUUCCAGAGACCUGCGGAUAAACAGAUCGCCCAGUGUUUGGAGGAGACCAUUAAAGUCGGCAGUGUGGAUACAGAUACAGUUGGAUGCAUUGCAUCCCAAGUUGUUCUUUACGUAUCUCUUAUUCUAAUUCUUUCCGUUGUCGUAGCAAGAUUUGGGUUGGCGUUGGUAUUCCAGUGGUUCAUUAGCCGCAAAUAUGCAGCCAUCAAGACUUCACAGACGGCAGACAAGAAGAAGCGAAACCGACAAAUCGAAGACUGGACCGAAGAUAUUUACCGAGCUCCCCCACGAAUGCCCGGAGAUGUUGGCAGCAGCUAUAUGGGAUCCGAUAGGACUAGCAAACGUGCUAGCACCUUCUUGCCGACGACAUCUCGAUUUUCUGCGGUUUAUGGUACUGAUAGGAGUUCUAGACGACCGCACCCGACGACUAUGGCGAGUCAGGCUACGACUGGACCUCUACUUCAUCCCAACUCGAUGUACAAGCAAGGCAAUGAUAGCAGGUCGAGCAUGCUCCGCUCCGACCCGUACGGAAGCACAGCUAGCCCACUUGACGGUUAUGGACCUGCUGGAUUUAUCCAUGAGGCUGUGGUACCCCAACCACCUUCUGAUUAUCAACCUUUCGGGUUUCCUUUGAUUCACUCUAUCUGCCUUGUCACGGCGUAUUCCGAAGGAGAGAUGGGUAUCCGGACUACACUGGAUUCCAUUGCGAUGACAGACUACCCCAACAGCCACAAAGUCAUCCUCGUUAUUUGCGAUGGUAUGAUCAAGGGUAAGGGCGAGUCUCACGCGACACCUGAUAUUGUGCUCGGUAUGAUGAAGGAUCACACUGUACCCCCCGAGGAAGUCCAAGGAUUUUCAUACGUGGCUGUAGCCAGCGGUUCGAAACGACACAACAUGGCCAAGAUUUACGCUGGAUUCUACGACUAUGGCGCUAAAUCCGCUAUCCCGGUCGAGAAGCAGCAAAGAGUUCCAAUGAUGCUAGUGGUAAAGUGCGGUACGCCUGACGAAGCUACCAAGGCCAAGCCAGGCAACCGAGGCAAACGUGACAGUCAAAUCAUUUUAAUGUCGUUCUUGCAGAAGGUUAUGUUUGACGAGCGCAUGACAGAAUUGGAAUUCGAAAUGUUCAAUGGUCUCUGGAAGGUUACGGGUAUAUCUCCCGAUUAUUACGAGGCAGUACUCAUGGUCGACGCCGAUACCAAGGUCUUCCCCGACAGUUUAACUCACAUGCUCUGCGCCAUGGUUCGCGACCCCGACAUUAUGGGACUUUGUGGUGAAACAAAGAUCGCCAACAAGAGGCAGAGUUGGGUAUCGGCUAUUCAGGUAUUCGAGUACUUCAUCUCUCACCAUCUGUCCAAGUCGUUCGAGUCUGUUUUCGGAGGUGUUACUUGUCUUCCAGGUUGUUUCUGCAUGUACCGCAUCAAAGCCCCGAAGGGUGCGCAAAAUUACUGGGUUCCCAUUUUGGCCAAUCCUGAUGUUGUUGAGCAUUAUUCCGAGAAUGUUGUCGACACUCUGCACAAGAAGAAUCUUUUGCUCCUUGGUGAGGAUCGAUACUUGACUACUCUCAUGUUACGAACUUUCCCCAAGCGCAAACAAGUCUUUGUACCCCAAGCAGUAUGCAAAACCACUGUUCCCGAUGAAUUCAGCGUUCUACUAUCUCAGCGACGAAGAUGGAUCAACUCCACGAUCCACAAUUUGAUGGAACUGGUUCUUGUCAAAGAUCUCUGUGGUACUUUCUGUUUCAGUAUGCAAUUUGUCGUUUUCAUCGAGUUGGUCGGUACUUUAGUGCUACCCGCGGCUAUUGCUUUCACAUUUUAUGUUGUCAUUUCUUCUAUCAUAGGACCUGUACAAACCAUACCGCUUGUACUUCUUGCAUUGAUUCUCGGUUUACCAGCGGUUCUUAUCGUUGUCACGGCCCAUUCAUGGUCAUACGUCGUAUGGAUGUUAAUCUACCUUAUCUCGCUCCCAGUUUGGAACUUUGUCCUCCCAAGUUACGCGUUCUGGAAGUUUGACGACUUCUCGUGGGGUGACACUCGAAAGACGGCAGGAGAGAAGACGAAGAAGGCUGGUAUUGAAUAUGAGGGAGAGUUUGAUAGUAGCAAGAUUACUAUGAAACGAUGGGCUGAGUUCGAACGAGAGCGACGACUUAGAGAUAACUACUGGGGAUCGAGGGAGAACGUUGUGGGUGGUAAUUAUCCUGGCAAUACUGCGUCGUACCAUCACCCUUAUGAUGAUCAGUACUAUUCGGAUGCAUGAGUCAAACGCGGAACUGAAGAUUAACGAAACGUAUUGAUAUAUAGUAUAUAGGCGGCAGUUGCUACAAGGAGAAGGGGUAAGGAGAACGGGCGGUCUUUUCGUUAUUCCAGCAAAGUUUCGAAAAUCCUUCAGUCCGAUAUUUUUUAAUAGCAUGGGGUUGAAGCAAAUGAAUGUAUAGAGAACCAAAGGGCAUUCGGCGUCAUUCAAGCGUUAUCACGAACCACAUUGUACAUAGCUAGCUCAAUAGGUUUCAUCG